AUGUCCAAGGCAACAGCAGCUGGAAGCCACAACAAUAUAAGUAGUUUCUCCUUCGAAGUCUUCGGCAAAGUGCAGGGAGUUUUUUUCAGGAAGUAUACUCAGAAGAAAGCUCUAGAGCUACAUCUCACGGGUUGGGUUGCCAACACUGAAAGAGGAACAGUAGUCGGAGAGGCUGAAGGAAGCCCGUCCAAGUUGCGAAUCAUGGAGGAAUGGCUACGAACCACGGGCAGCCCCAAGUCAAAGAUCGAGAAACUCGAGGUUAAGGAUCGGAAGCAGCUGAACGAGCAUCAGCACAAGAGUUUCGAUGUUCGGCAUUGA